UUUUCAAGCUCGAUUUAGAACUUGACACAAGUAAGGUACUACGAGUAAAAUUAAAUAUUUAUAGAAACUACUAGCACGAGCUCGACAUAACACUCACCUUUGAGCUGGAUGACUCGAUUUGGAAAUACAAUAAUCACAUAAGAUCAUGUCAAUCUCGGGUAACUAGUUGGGCUGUUACGUACAUCCACUACUACAUAGUAAGAUGAAUUUGACGAUUCAACAUAAAAGUGUAUAGAGCGACCUGGUGUAACUUGUGGUAUAAAUUCUGAGUGGGGCAUAAUUGCCCCCCAUUCCCCUCUCUGCUACUGCCCCUGACCAUUUACAUCUUUAAGAUGUUUACCUUCUUGCUUACAAUUAAAUGACAUUUCCAAAUGGUAUACAUUGUAUGGAUUUAGCUCCAACGAAAUUGAAAACAGAAACACAAGACACCGAUGCAAUUUCAGCUGAACCAAACACAAAUGAAAAGGAUAAGAUUUCAAUAAAUAUAGAUGAAGGCACGGUUUUACCUGAACGUACAAACAAAAAAGAGUUGCGUGAUGCUACUAUCAAGGGAAAUUGGUCAAAAGCUGAAGCCAUACUUCAAAAAGAAAAAGAUCUAGCGAAACUAGCCAUCAACGGUGAUGGUAGCACGGUACUUCAUAUGGCCGUUGGAAUGGGUCAUAAUGAUUUUGUAAAAAACUUAUUGUCUUGUAUAAAUGUUGAUCAAGAAGUCCUUGAAAUUAAGAGAGAUUCUGAUGGAAGCACCGCCCUUCACAUCGCAGCUGUUGUGGGGAACAAAUAUGCAGCAGACCUCUUGGUUAAAAUGAAUAAAAAGUUGUUGAGGAUUGAAGACCAUAAAGGUGAAGAACCGCUUCAUAAAGCCUAUGAAAAUAUGCAUCUAGAUAUCAUUGGAUAUUUGCUGAAAGCUAGUGAUGAUGACGGCGAAAGCAAGUUACGCACUUUUUCUAUAGGGGAAUCUAUUCAUCAUCACACUCAUCUAGGUGUUGAAAUAGGAGUCAACCUUCUUGUUAACACCAUUUCUGCAAAAAGAUACAGUAAGUGGCCUAGCGAAUCGAUCUCUUUACUUCUUACUAUGUUGGAAUAG